UUAUUUAUCAAUUAUUUUCUCGUCGCCAUUACUGUGGCGAGGUCGUGUGUAGUUUUCCGGCAAAAAAUCGUCGGUCUCGACGACGGGGGAGUCAAUUUUCCCCGCCAACCCUUACCCCAGUUUUACCACAGUCCUACUCUGCACAACGAAUACACGGAAAAUAGGAAUUAUUUAUCCGUUUUUUCUUGUUGCUGAUUUGUAAACAUGGCUUUUUAAAAUGUCUGCUAUCAAAUCUCGCGUGGCCACUCCUUUUGGAGGUGCACAUCAUCGUCAAAUCGUAGUUUUUAAGUCUGGAGGAGAUGGAGAAGAAAGGAAAUCGCAAUACGUCAAAUUCGUCCAAGGGGUCUUCAGGGGCUGAUCUUAAGAAAAACCAAGAUGUGUCCCCGGGGAAAGCCUGGCCCCGCGGUGCCAAAAGGCGCCGCGAGCCACCCUGUGGAUUCUCCAAAGCUAACGAAACAUGUCGUAAACCCCAACCUCAGCGCAACACUAAAGCCUCUGAUAAAAGACCGAAACCUCGUGGGUAUUACUACUCAGGUGCAGUUUCUCGAAUUGAGGAGACCGGCUUAGAUGAAUUUGACGAACCAGAAUUGGGAUCGGUUUUUUUACCAGGCAGCAAAAAGCAAAGCCUGAAUCAUUUAUUGAAUUUUUCAUUUGCUCCUAGAGAGAGUCAGGAACAAGAGAAAAGGGAUGGGGAUAAAUCAGUUGGGAAAAUGUUGGGAACUAGAAAGCAUAAAUAUAAUAAGGAACAUUUUCUACAGGCAAAUUGUCAAUUUAUUGUGAAUGGAAAAGGUGAUUACAGACAAUAUAUGAUCAAUCCGGAUGCUUUAGUUGAUUGGAAUUUUAUUGAACAAGUGAAUGUGCAAGUUAAUGAGGAGCCUUCUUGUCCCAUUUGUCUAUAUCCACCAGUGGCAGCUAAAAUGACAAAAUGCGGCCAUAUCUACUGUUGGUCCUGCAUCUUGCAUUAUUUAGCUCUCUCGGACAAGGAUUGGAGGAAGUGCCCUAUCUGCUAUGAUGCUGUAAAGAAGGGAGACCUCAAAAGCGUUACUGUAACUUCGCACAAGACCUUCAACAUCGACAACACUAUAACAUUCAAACUUAUGAAGAGACGAAGAGGCAGUUUGAUCGCCUAUCCGGCAGACAGUGAAAUGCGCGAUAGCAACAACAUUUUUAACAUGUCGGACAGUGGUAUCUUUGGAUGUCAUUCGAAAUUAUUGUUGGCCAAUACUCAAAAUAUCUUGGAUAUUAUUGAUAAGGAAGCGACAGAAUUGGAAGUGCAAACCGUUCAAGAUGAAGAUUGUCCAGAGAAGUGUUUUAUCGACGAAGCUGUCCAGUUGUUGGAAGCUAGAAGACAGCUGGUGUUGAGUGAUGAUUCCCAUCAACUAAAUCAAGAAAAGAAUCAACAAACUGAUAGUAAUGAAAAUGUUUCCGAACAACAUGCUGUAGAAAAUGGUGAAAAUGGAGAUUCUGCUACAAAGUUUCAUUAUUUUUAUCAAGCCUCUGAUGGUCAGCAUAUCUAUUUGCACGCCAUCAACGCAAAAAUGCUGGAACACACUUAUGGUUCUUUGGAGUUUGGGCCUAAAACUAUAACAGGCAAGAUAUUAGAAAAAGAAGGAGGGUCUAUGACAGAGGAGCUUCGCAGGAGAUUGAGAUAUCUGCAACAUCUGCCUGUCACUUGUCAAUUUGAAAUAGCUGAAAUUCGCCUGCGUCAACCAAUUGUCAGCAAGGAGACUUUGAAUCAUUUCAAAGAACAAGUGGAUGCGAGGAUCAAGAAACGCCAACGUCGAGCUCGAGAAGAGAAGAAACGCGAAAUCCGCAUCGAAGUCGAAGAAAAUCGGAAACUAGGGCGCUACGAAGCCCCAGAGCUUCAUCUGGAGAACCAUUCCCAAUUUCCGGACGUGCGGGAGGCCCAUUAUAUGUUUCCGGACUUUAUAUCCGCUUCCAGACCCCGGUCGGAAUCGGAAACUGCUUCAAACGUUCCAGAGGAAGAAAGUGUGAACUUGGAAAAUACUUCAUUAACCAGCGUAUCUCUGGAUAGCAGUUAUUCUGGACCAUCUUUUGCUUCGAUGUUGGCAGCCGAAAAGAAAUCCUCUUGGCCCGUUCUAAAAUCGUCACCUCAAUCGUCGUCCACUCCAUCGAAAUGGAUCAACGUCACAGGCUCGAAGGCGGGUUCGUCUUUUAAACCGACCAAUAGGAACGCAGACGACGACGUCGUCGAAUCGGAAUACUUCGAACCUGUACAUACCUUCAACAGGAGCUUCGGGGAUGCCCUGGCCGAGGCGCUAGCAACCGCCAGUUUGGAGGAUAAUGAUGCUGCAACUUCCGGUAAGAAAAAGAAGAAAAAAUCCAAACAAAAAAUACUGUUUUCGACCACACAUGGCUUUAUCGGGAAAUUAGACACAUGAUGUUUUCCUUUCUUUAAAUUAUUAAGUGCAACAAAAUAAAAUACCAAAAAAAAUUGUGACGCCUCUUAUGAAUUAUUUGAUAUUUCAUAGCACCAUUUUAGUUUUAUAUUCAUUAUUUUUGUCUCGUCAUUUUUAUUCUGUUUUUAAUUGUUUUAUCGCUACUUCUAUAUUAACUGAAUAGAACCUAUUUUUUUAAGAUCUUUGUUGGCGAAAGAAUAAUAAAAAUUCUGCAAGUU